CAGUCAGUUUUUGUUUACUGAGCAACAUGUUUCAUUUUCUAAUGCUGCGUGAUCAGGUUCACACAGGCAGCCAUUAACACCUGGGCUGGAGCUACCACGUAGAUGUUCCGUGGACGGGAGCUGGCAUAGCAGCGGGCUGCCAUCUUGGAUGGGUCCCCAUUCGCCUCCAGUGCGUUUAUUUCUACUGAAGGUGUUUAUCCAACUAAAAUCACAUUUUAUUACACUUUUUCACAAAAUCAGAUAAAUGGUAAAUGCACAUACUUGCUCACUCCAGUUGGUUUGGGAAGUGAGGAACCCACCUAAUAUGGCAGCGAUGCUGUUAUGCUCUCCAGCGACCAAUGGGGUGUCUAUGUAUUCACGUCUAUGGGAGCCACAGAGGAUGUGACCUUUGACCGGAGUUUUAACUCCGACUUCUCUGAUAAACACUGAAGACAUCGGUUGGGCUUUUGCAUGAGUACAGCCUCUGUUCUGAUAAGGGGACACUGCAUGGACAGGCGUGUUUUUACUUUAUAACUUUAACGAUAAUAAAACAAUGUUUUCUUAUUUACUCUAGAAAAACAGAAUUUAAACUCUUGAGAUAAAAACUUAUUUCUGACAGGACAAGUAGUUAUAACACAGAUAUAUGAACGUAAAAGUGUUUAUAAAAGGUGCAUUAAUCAUUACUAAAACAAAUCUGUUCAAAUUAGCCAAAAAUGAAAACUGACAUUUAAAAGAUUAAGUGUUAAACAGGAAUAUCUUAAAAUAUAUGUUCAGUUAAAUCUGCACUUUGUGAUUUUCAUUCCAGUGAAUGACUUUUGCAGAGUAUUGUUGUUUUUACAUUAGCAUUAGCCUCAAUUUAAUCCCUAUCCAUUUUCUAUGAGGAGUUGAUAAAGAAAACAGCUGAAUUUUUGCCUAAUUUUAUUGUCACUACUUCUUCAAAUGCAUGUUUGUGCCAAAGCACAUUAAAGCUUUAUUCUGUUCAAACAUGUUUUCAGUCAUCCCACGCAUUGAUAUUAGCAUGUUUUUAAUUUCACGUAACAGUGAAUGUUUUCAGUGUAGACUUGGUUCCAACAUGCUUGAAGCAGCAGCUGGAUGCUACAAGUCUGCAGCCAGGAAAGGAUUUGAAUAAGAGCAGCAGGUGUGCGCUCAUCGUCAUAGCUCAGUUCAUCUCAGUGCAGCGCAGAGAUGAGUAAACCUGCUGGCUGCUUCCGGAGCCUUCUGCACAACGUUUUUGAAUAUGAAACACCUAAAACCCUGGUCAUCCCCAGCUUAGGGGUGGGAUUUGUCUACAGGUUCACCCAGCUCCUGGUGGUGCUGUAUGUGCUGGGGUAUGUGUGUGUGGUGCAGAAAGCCUACCAGGACACAGACUCUGUCAUCAGCACCGUCACCACUAAAAUCAAAGGUUUGGCGUUCACCAACACGUCUGAUGUGGAGCCUCGUUUUUGGGACGCCGCUGACAUGAUCAACCCACCUCAGAGUGAUCGUUCAUUCUUUGUGUUGACGAAUAUGGUUAUCACCCCCGGUCAAACGCAGGCACGCUGUCCUGAGCUCCCGAGCCCGUCCACCACCUGUGUGGACGACUGUGACUGAAUAGAGGGGUUUAAUGAUCCCCGCGACAACGGUAUAAGGUCGGGGCUGUGUGAGAAUUAUUCAACCACUGCAAAGACGUGUGAGGUGCACUCGUGGUGUCCUCUGGAAAUAGACAGCAAGCUGCCUCAACAUCCUCUACUGGCUGCAGCCGAAAACUUUACGGUUUUGAUCAAAAACAGCAUCACGUACCCAAAGUUCAACUAUCACAGAAGAAACAUUUUGCCUCAUAUUAACUCAUCCUACCUGAAGAGGUGUGAGUUCAGUCGCAACACAGACCCCGACUGCCCCAUAUUCCGCCUCAAACACAUGGUUUCCGAAGCAGCAGUUUCCGAAGCAGGAGAAGACUUCCAGGACAUGGCUGUCCAGGGUGGUGUUCUUGGCAUUCUCAUUGACUGGAGCUGUGACCUGGACUGGUGGGCGGGAAAGUGUUAUCCCAGGUACAGCUUCCGCCGGCUGGACAACAAGAACCCCGUCAAUAACGGCCCCGGUUACAACUUCAGGUUUGCAAAAUAGUACAAGACACAAGAUGGAGAGGAAACUAGAACAUUAAUCAAAGCAUAUGGAAUCCGCUUCGAUGUCAUCGUAUUUGGAACGGCAGGAAAAUUUGGAAUUGUACCAACCAUAGUGAACCUGGGUGCAGCCUUGUCUUUUCUGAGUUUGGUGCCUCUGGUCACAGACUGGUUUAUGGUAACAUGCACGAGGAAACUUCGCCUUUACAGCCUGCAGAAAGCUGCACAUCUGACUGAAGAGGCUGACGCUGAAUCAAGAUCAGGAAGCAGUACCUUAAAUAACUUCUUGGCUUGCCAAACUUGUGCGACUGUCUGCAGGUUGAUUCUCCUCCUCGCCGCCAGGGGGCAGCGUCACUUAACCGGAACACAGAAGACCACCAACCUUUCCCGUAUCCUGGCGAAUAGCCAUGCGAAUAACUGA